CCGAAAUGAGAGUACAAUUCUGACAAUAGCGGCGUAAAUUGAUUUAUGGAGCGCGUUCACGAGGGUCGAGGAGAUGUGACACUGAUUUUUCUCUCAAUUGUUAAUUAAUGUUAACAAUCGCGCGCCGUAAUAGCUGUUGACAAGUGGGAGACGGGAAAUAAAACUUGAGCUGAUGUGCAACCCGUAUGGGAGUGUGUAAUGUAUAUGGUAAUAUGAGCUGAUGAUUCAUAUAAACGAUCAUUAUAGAUGCUUUCAAAAUGCUGGCCAGCGCGCAAUGGAGAGGGAAGGAGGUCAAGGAUCGCCCCUCUUCAAUCAAGCACAAUUACGUUAAUUUACAGUACGAGAUCAAUUAGCUCGCAUGAUAAAAGAGGAUAGCAAACUCGGCUAACCAAGCUGGCGCACCCUAACCUCAAAAGUCGACUCGACCCGCUCGACCGCUUCGUGGGCGUCCGGCCUUUACCGCGCGCGGCCACCGCGGGCAAUGAAGCUUCAUUCGCGCACUCGUUAACAUCGCAAUGACGUGAGAGAUGCUCGUGGGGUCGAGCGCGUGAGAUGACCCGCCGCGCGUAAGUCCGUUCGUCGUUUCCAGCAUGACGGCGGGAAUGAACCUGUCGAACGAAGCUCGUCGCCGUGGCUGACGCUCGACACCGGGAGACGACGCUGUGGGAGGCAACGCGUACAAUAAGAUGCGACCGUGUCGCGCGCCGUUAAAAUAAUGCGCCUCAAAUUCGUCCGGGCGCUCCUGGUCCUCGCGCUCCUCGGCAACAUCAUCGUCUGGCACAGCCUAUGGCGGCUGUUCGCGGCGCAGAACACCCUGGGCCUGCUGACGCCGAGCGCCGCGACGAGCGAGCCGCCGCAGAAGCUCCACCGUCGCCUGGCCCGGCUGGUCACCAUCGUCAUCCGGCAGUUCGAGAACUUCGAAAACGAUGUGGCGUCCAUGGUGGAGUCAGUUUUGAGCUCCUUCCCCGAGAUACCCGUCUUGAUAGUCUGCGAUGAGCUGCCGUACCCGCCGCUGGAGCUGGACUUCGCCAACGAGAGCAUGAGGAACGUCAAGCUGAUCAGCCUGCGGCCCGAGUUCAACAAGUCCGUCGAGGAGAGGAAUCCGCUCUUCUACAUACGCACCAAGUUCGUUCUGUUCCUGCCGGACGCAACGAGACUGUCGACUAAGCAAGUUGUACAGGAGGCUGUCACGCAGGUGUCAAAUCUGGGGAUAGUUGUUGUACCAGUGGGAAAGAUAGUCUUACACUGUCUCGAGUUGGAUUUAAAAGUGAGAGAGUGGAGUUUGAGGAUAGCGCGAGUUACGGCAACGGAAUGUGACAGUGUAAUGGGCAAACAUGUAACUAUGCUCGAGGCCAAGAUAUUGAGAAGACUGUCGGAUCCAUUCCUGCUACCCUUCACAGACGCGCUGUACAUUCAAACAACAGCUAUUGGUGCAAAGGUACAUAUACUGAAAAGCUAUCAAUUCAAUGAGGGAAAGCCGUUGUACAGAAACCAACAGGCGCAGUCGAGGGUGCAGCAACUGUAUCGCACGCGGGAGCGAUUGAUGUUCGAGAAAUUGGGGAUAAAGAGGGUCACGAGGGCUUCCGGCGCCGUGGAGUGGUACGGCUGCUCGCGGGAGACCGCGAGGUGUUUCGGCUCGGUGAUAAACGGCGUGCCGUCGUAUCUCUACCAGCAUCGAUACACGCCGCCCUGUUGCCUGGCCGGCUUGCGGAAGGUCACCCAUCACGUUAUCGACAAGCUCGAGGAGGUGGGCAUACGAUUCUGGCUGGAGGGCCAGUCGCUGCUGGGCGCGAUGAGGCACGGCGACAUUCUACCGUGGGAUCACGAGGUGCAAAUCGGGGUGAACCGCGACGAUCUCGCGAGAUCGCCGUGGCUGAUCAGGGCCAGGAGCAAGCCGGUCGUGGACGACGACGGCUUCAUAUGGGAGAAGGCGACCGAGGGCGAGUUCUUCAAGGUACAGUACUCCAGGAUCAAUCGCUUGCAUGUGAAUCUGCUGCCGUUCUUCGCGCGCAACGGAUCCAUGGUCAAGGACGCGUGGUUCCUGAAGAACCGGGACUUCCCCGAGCACUUCCUCCAUCCGAUGUCGAGCAUCGAGUUCGCCGGUAGACAAGUGCCAUGUCCAAAUAACAUUAGAGACUUCCUAGAGCUUAAAUACUAUAAGGGAGUGAUAGAGAAUCCGGAGUUACCUGGUAGAUUUGUCUUUGAUUAGUCCCGAUUAAUAGUCGUGCGAGAUUAAUCGCGAUAGCGAUUUAUAACACGGCGUAUUGUUGCCCGAUUUUAAUCGGGAAGCUCGGAAAAAUCGGUGCUCCAAGUGUCAAGUUCGCGUUUAUUUAUCGCUAUCGUAAUCGAUAACUGUACCGAAACAUUACACACGUAUCUAACGAUACUAGAAAUUAUAUCUAUGCAUGAAGAAACGUUAAUAUCCAAGUAAAAAUUACAAUUUGACAAUGUCUCUCAUCUACGGAGAUGACUUGCGAAACAUUUCUAUUUGCCUUAUUCGGACCCUACUUUAGUAAGAGAUAAUGACAAAUAAUUGUUAUCGAAUGUUAUCUACAUCUUUGAACAACUCGGCUUGUAAUAUUAAAAGUCACAAACUUCUUUCUUGCAUGAAUUUGACCUAUUAAUACAUCGUGCCAAAUAAAUUUAGUAUUUUUAACUAGAUUUGUAGAUUAUAGAUGUUGACCACAUUUUUCAACACAUUUUUAUUGUACACUAACUUUUUUUUUUCUAGAUUUAUUAUUGUUUAUUAGUGGGUACUACAGUACUGGAGUAUAUUAGAGAUUUAAUAUGAAUAAUAUUAAAAAAUAUUUAAUAUGAAAAAUAUUAAAAAAAGAGACAUCUUAUUAAUAUUUAAAAAUAUUUUAUUUGUGAGAUAGAAGCAUUUAAUGAUGUAUCUUGAACUAUAAAACGUGAAAAAUAUUUCAUAAAUAUUUAUAUAGUAGAAAUUUGAUUGUUCAAGUUUUGCAAUCAAAAUCGUAACUUUUUAAAGAGAACGGAAAAGCGUUCAAAAAUAAAAGUUAUGUCUGUUUAAAAAAUUAUGACAUUACGUUUAAAACGUUUGUAUAAAUCAUAUAUAUUUUAUCUGAAUUAUAUUUUUAAUUGAAAUCGAUUUAUUUAAUUUCGUUGUAUCAAGCGGUGAGUUGCUCCACUUCUCUUAUUAUUCCAUUUGUUACAACGGUGUUUUUUUUUCCGGCAAUAAGAGUUCAGGUACAUAAACUACUUCGUAGAACUAUUUGAUCUCUCUAUUGCAUAAUUAUAGUGCCAAUUUAUUUGUAAAAAUAUAGAUAUGUAUAUGUAUCCGUCUGUUAUAGCAAAUAUUAAAUAAAGCACUGUUGUUUACAAAAGGUU